AUGGCAAAGAGGGUUGCUCCACCACCACCACUGAAGAAUUUCCAGAGCUUCAGAGAAACACUAAAGAACCUCAAUGAAGCGCGGGAGGUCAAUCAAAACUCGUCUCUUCUUUCGAUGUUUGAUGACAUCACGAAUCAGAUGAAACAAACAACGAAAGAAAAGUACGAAGCUGAAGACACCCUACUCCUUUUGGCGCAGAAAAUGAUGACCCUCCAACAACAGUAUCAACAGCGCGACCAGGACGCGACUUCCCUCGCAAAAAAGAACCGUGAAUUGCAGAAACAGCUGCAGACGGUGACGACGCAACUCAAUCACAACUCCAAGACGGUGGUGAGCUUGGAGACGGAGAACGCCACUCUCCAAGCCGAAAUCGGGGAGUUGGAGGACGUCGUCGCGCUCUGCAAAGAAGUGAUCCUGGACAAUGAAGGAGGACAAAUCGGGAGCGACAUUGGCCCGGAGAAGAAGCAACGGCUGAUCCGGGCGGUCUCCCGACAGAAGUCGAUGAAGCGCCGGCCGAUCCCGCAGAACCGAGUCAUUCACGAGACGUUCGAGGAUGACAGCCAGUACGACUUGCUGAACAACUCGGACGUCAUCGACAGGACGACGGAGGACGCUCUCGACGAUGACGUGAUGAACUCGUCGCGAUUGAACAUUUCGAUCAACUCGCGAAAGCGGCAAAUGUCGAGAACGAUGCGGCGGCGAUCCGGCGAUCGAGAAAGCGAACAGACCGACGACACGGACUCGUUCUGGAACGUGAAGACUCCAGUGCGCGCCAAGCUCAAGAUGUCCUCGCUGACGAGCCCGGCCAAGAUGGGAAAAUCGCCCUCGUUUGUGAAUCACUGCUGGGAGAAGCGGUCGAUUCACAAUCCCAUCACCAAGGAAUGCGAAGUUUGCUCCAAAAAGAUCAAAUUCGCGUCCGAAGCGUUCAAGUGCAAGACUUGCCGCUUGGCCGUCCACAGUCAGUGCAGAUUCGACGUCGCCAAAGCUUGCCUGGUCCAGUCCGAAGCCAUCACCACAAAGCGUCCGCUGAUUGAGUACUGCGCGAAUCGCAAUGUUCACCCGCUGAUUCCGCAGUUUGUCUACCAAGCGGUUCACGAAGUCGACGCUAGAAUCCUCGAGGAAGGCAUCUACAGAAUCUCCGGAGCGGCGAAAGAAGUCAACGAGCUGAAAAAGAAAAUGAUUUCUGGCCGAGUCACGACGCAGCAUCUGAAGACGAUCACGGACACAAACGUGAUCUGCUCGACGCUGAAGGACUUUUUCCGGAACAUGAUCGAUCAGCCUCUGUUGACCUGGGCGCAGAUGCCGUCGUUCAUCCAAGCCUACAAGGAUGAGAACGCGACGCUGCUGAAGGAUCUCUUCUCCGAGCUGCCCGACGUCCAUCGAGAUACCCUCGCAUUUAUGCUCAUUCAUCUGAUUCAGGUGUCCCAACGCUCUGACCAGAACCGAAUGACGAUCGAGGCUAUUUCAAAAAGCGUCGGCCCAAGUCUCAUCGGCUUCGUAACUGAAUCGCCCGAUGCCAAUCAAAUCCACGAGGCAUCCAUCUAUCAGCACGGACUUCUGAAAGCACUACUCAACCUGGGCAGUGCUUUCUUCGAAAAGUUCAUGAAAGGUGAUGAUACAGUGACAAGUCCGGUCUCUUCAUUCGCCACCACUUGCGUCACCAACCACUCCUACGACGCUUUUGGCGACAUAAAGACGACCUACACGAAUAAGUCGAUCCUCGGGAGGGGCUUCCCAGAUGGACGAAAGUCCAACAACAAGAAGCUCUUCUCGUAA